CGAACGAGGAACACGUUGAUAGCGCGCGCGCCAUCGUUAUUUUAUUCUUGAAUCUACACUGCUGUCUAGCGAGGAAUACAUCUAGAUAGCGGAUUCGAAGGCGACUGGAUUUUGUUCGACGAGUUGUGAUAGUGUUGUGAUACUUUUUAAUCGAGUGAUUUUAGAAGAUAUGUUACGUUCGCUAAGGAGUGUUCACUGCUAAUAAUAAUGUUGGAACAUAGUGCCAUGUAUCUGAACGUGACGCCACCGUACGAAGAGGAACCCUCGCUCUUUCCGGACUUUUACAGCACACGGUGGGUUCCUUCUUGCUACAGUGUCUAUGCGUGUGAGUGUGUGGGGUCUUUGAAUUUUGUCGUCGGUUUGGAACCUUGCCAGCAAACGAAUUUUACGCGAGCCUUUCGUUGCUAGACUAAACCCGUUUGUUUCUUCGGAACACAAAACACAAUCUCUGCGAUUCGACACUCUGCGAUUGGUUAUUUCGUUUUGCCAUUUUAUUGUUGUUGUUGGACUUUUUACUACGCCUGUAUUGCUGCAACAAAGACCACUUUUUGCUCUCGAGGUUGCUACUGAGAUUUUUCACUACGAAUAGCCGAAUUUUAAGGUUUUCUAUUAGCUGACGAUUGGAUUUGUUGGUGCUAAUAGUGUUUGUUGCUGAUGGAUAACGACUAUUCACUUUAUUAUUUGAAUGUUGGUUUUUCCGAAGAGAUGGGCUUGGUCCUUGUGAGCUGCAAGACCCGGUUUGGGCAAAAAUGAGUGCCUUGGCUGCCGGGUGCUCUAAGAAAAGAAAGAAAUCUGAAAAUAAGCCACAAGCUCAAAUCAACAAAUGCAACAACGAGAAACGCCGCCGGGAGCAAGAAAACGUCUACAUCGAGGAAUUGGCAGAACUGAUCUCGGCAAAUUUCGCGGACAUGAGCUCCUUGUCCGUGAAGCCUGACAAGUGCGCGAUUCUCCAAGAGGCGGUCAACCAGAUCAGAAGCAUCAAGCAGCAGGAAAGUGCCUCCCAAGCGGCGGAUCCCGUGCAGCAGGGGGAGGUCAGCUCUUCUAGACCGACGAUCCUAUCGAACGAGGUGUACGGCCCUUUGCUGUUGGAGGCGCUCGAGGGAUUUCUGUUCGUCGUCAACAGCGAAGGAAAGAUCGAGCACGUUACCGAAAACGUGUCCAACUACAUCAAGUUUUCUAGGGAAGAUGUCCUUGGAGAGAGCAUAUAUAACUUCAUUCACCUCGGCGACCACGCAAAAUUCCACUCCAACCUGCUGCCUAUGACGAUAGACUGGGGUAACGAGCAGUCGAUAUCUAACAAAUCGAAAUCGAUCGACAUCAGGCUCCUGGUAAAACCUCCGGACGACCUGGACGAAACAGUCGAAGAGAAACAGCAACGGGUCAGCCGCUACGAGCUGAUGCAUAUAUCCAGCACUCAGCUGAGGGACCAUCUGUCUGUUUCCGAAGAGGACGGUAGUGAUAGUGGCCCGUGUUUGCUGUGCGUUGCCUCUAGGAUAUCGCACCGGGACAAGGCCACGUGCAGCAUCGAACAAUUCACCACCAAGCUAGACACGUCGGGUAAGAUCAUUUGCGUGGACACCUCCGGGGUGUCGGACUCGAUAGCUCAGUACAUUAAAAAAGAACUGAAAAACAGAGGAUUGCGCGAGGUGGUGCCGCCAUCGGAAGUGCAGAAAGUGAAUGUGCAUUUGAGAGAGACUCUCAGCACGGGACAGUCGACCAGCCAUAUUUUUAAGCUGCAAGUCGGACCGGAGAGAUUCGUCCAGAUACAGACGAAAUCGAAAUUGUUCAGGACGAACCCUCAUGCGGCGAACGAAUCGGACUUUAUAAUGUCGACGCACUCUAUUAUCGGUGAAAACGAUGCGGGCGGUCGUCCGACCGAUCCUGGAGGCGGCAGUUCGAGUAGUACCGGAGUUGGUGGCCCAUUGAUGACCAGCGUGGUGAACGGCUCGCGAAACGGACCACCUACGUCAUCCGUUACCGAUACAACCACAUCGUCCUCCAGCUCACUGCUUCAGUCCAACCCCACGUACGGCUCAUUCAAUCUCGAAAACGAAUUCAAUUUCGAAAUAUUCCCCUCUUCCACCUGGGGCGAACUAGAUUCCGGCAAUUGGCAGGACGCAAGGCCGGACUCCAGACAGAGCGUGUCUCCGGUUUCCACUGCCACACCGCGACCGCCGAGCAACGCCUCCUACACAAACGCCCCCGCGGUGACCAACCCUCCGACCCCCGUGAAUCAGUACCCCAGGUUCUCCUUUAGCCCCAUCAACGGCCAAGCCAGCUACCAGAUGGAAGAGGAGGACAGCAAGGCGCACGUACUCGAAGAGGCUUCGGUGCUGACCGAAUCGAAGAGGUUGAGGAAUCUGUUGGAGAAGCCGGCCGACAGUAAAGACCGAAUCCUGAAGGAGUUGUUGAAUCAAGAUGAGGAUAGGAACGAGACCAGGUGCAGUCCAAGAGGACCGACGCAUCGGGAUUCCUUGCCGGGGCCGUCUAAGGCGAACACCUCUAGUACUUCGACGGGAAAUAAUAUGUUACGACAGCUUCUCAACGAUAAAAACGAUGAAGACGAUGAUGUUGAAUCCAGGGCAGGAGUGAAAAAGAAGAGCGAAUUGCUUCAGCAGCUCUUGAAACCUGAAAGGGACAGCGAGGAAGACAAAAAGGCCGAUCUUCGCUGUCACGACGAUUCGCUGAUGAGAAGCCUCGGUUUUCCGUCUUCGCCUAAUGGUGAUGGAAGCAGAAAAAGGCCCAAUGACGACAGAGAUGACGGCCCUAACAAAAGAACUUCAGAUGGACAACAGGUUACAUCAUCCCUCCGGGAACGUAAUAAGAUGUUGGCUUCUUUGUUGGCCAAGAAGCCAUCGAAUCAUCAGCCGAUUCCGCCGAUACCUGAAAGUAUACUGACAGCAACCCCACAUGAAAAACUUCCUAGAGUAACAGACCCCAACAAGUCGAUACAAAUGAUAAUGAACCAGCCUAAUGCUACAAACUCAAGAGCGACUGUAAAUAGAUUACCUGGUCGUCCCACUCAUACAAACUACCUCAGCUCUGUUCUCUCCUCGGCAAACAGCAUUCAACGAACCGAGAUGCGACAAAUGAACCAAAUCAACUCCAGUUGCUAUACUUCUGCCAGUUCUAGUACCGAGAACAACAACUUGGGCUGGGAUAACAACAAUGUACACACCUCCGCCGAUCCAUUGCUAUCCGAACUUUUGGAUCAAGUCAUUGAUUUUGUACCAGAAGAUAUUAUGCAUUUAUUGGAUGGUGCGGGAAAUCAGCCUCCUCUGAAUUAUCAUCCUAUGAAUGAAGCAGUUGCCAUCAAUAAUAUUCAGAAGUCCUUGAUGCUAUGCGAGAGUGCCGUGAAAAGCCCUUUGUCGCCCAUUUCAAUGCCUGCAACUCCACCUGCGUAUUCAGCGGCAAACUUACCAAAUCAAAAUAAUUCGUCUCUGGCGUUUCCCCCUCCACCAAACUAUCCUCAGGCCAAGUUUCAACGUGCACAGAUGCGAUCAGGAACAGUACAGCAGCAGCAGUUCGCCGGACACAUCAACAACCAGAUGUUGUUGAGAAAACAGCAGCUGCUUCAGCAGCAGCAGCAACAACAAGAACAAAAGCGCCGAUUAUUGCAUCAGCAGAAACAGCAACAGCUGUUGAUUCCGUCCAACGCUGCAGCGAACGAGAUCAAUACCAUGCAGAACAUUGACAGUCUUUUGAACAACACAGUCGCCCCGAAUGUUUCUUUGCAGCGAUCUUCUAGCGUUUCCGAGCCCCAGUUGUCUCCAAGCUUCGGGGGACAGUUGAAUCAGCAAACUCCGCGGGUGGGAAGUCAACAACCCUACUCGCCUCACUCACAGUUGACGACUUCACCUUUGAGCCAGCAGAAUUUCCCACAGAGCACAGUUGGGAGUUUUCAGAAUCAGAGUGCUAGACUGUCUCCCCAGUCUCAGUUCACUUCUCAGCUGUCUCCCAGGCAGACGUACCCACAAGGAAGCAACCAGACCGCCAAUUGGCAGCAGACCCAAGCUAGAUUGAGCGUUCAACAGAAUCCAAUGCUCAGUGCACAGCUCACCAGGCCACCACAGCAACAGCAACGAUCCCUCAACAGUCCCGGAUCUGUACCAACAAGACACUCGCCUUAUCCUAGCGACCAGUUCCCUCCGCCCAGUUCUCCGAAUUCUGCCUUCAAUAGUCAGUACCUGAGACUUCAGCGCGCUAAUAGCGUGCCUACUGCCACUACACAACUGCCAGGUGGGCUGGGCUCUCCCCGGUCGUACACAGGCAGGGAACACCAUCCCCACCCUUAUUCCUCUAUCCAACCCCAUCAUACCGUACCCCAAAUGAUGUACCAACAAGACUCCCAGUACUGUUAUGAUCAGACGGGUUUAUCGUUAGCCUACAAUGGCGCAGACAGGGGCAGAGCUGCCCCUCAUCUUCAGCCUGGUGUGUCUGGAACUGGCCCCACAUCGGAAUUCGUUCGGCAGGAGUUGCGUGCUGUCGUUGGAGCCAGGACGGCACAGUCGCAGCCUUCUACAGGGCGCCCCCCUUCACAAAUGAUUACUCAGCAGCAAGUCAAUGAUCUCGAGAGCUUAGGAAUUAGUUUCGAAUUGAGUGGUGCGAGUGAUAGCCCGAAACUUUGGGGUGCCAUGGGUUCAGAUAUUGGCUCAAUGUCUCCGCAGCCAGCGACCUCGAGGACUACUAUGGAGGAGGGGCGGCUAACUGAUCAAAAGUCGUCUCUGUUGCAGAAGCUCCUGUCUGAGUGACGGUGACAGUCAGAAAUCAAAAAGAAAAGUUUGUAGGUCGUCAUAGGUUUCCCACCGGCUGUAAUUUAGAUAGGUUAGGUGUUUCAUUCAAAAAGUGCAUUAAAAAAUUGCUUGUUACGAUAGGGUAGUGCGGAGCAAAUGGAAGGCGCAGGGCCAGCUGCAAUUGUAAAUAUGAAGGACUUGUUUAUAAAUAUAUAUAUAUAUAUACAAAUAUAUAGUAUAUUUUAUUAUUGGACUUGUUUAAAAUAAAUGUAAACUGUUAUUAUUUGGAUGUGUUUAGUGUUGUCUUCCUUUAGUGAGUGUUCAGGCUACGCAUUACCAAAAAAAAUAGUUACUGUUAAUAUUUUAUACAUAAUUUAAAGUAUGUUAUUUGGAGAGCCCGUUUUGUUGGACAUUGUGAUAGGCGAACGCCCUGUAAUUGUUGCCAGGAUAUCUUCCUGGACCUUAUUAGAGAUAGUCAAUUAUUUUGAACGAAAAGAUGAACAAAUUAUAUUCUACAAAUAAAAGUAUACUUUCUGCUCUA